AGGUACGCAUACAACUGAUGCUCUCCCUCACCGCGACCUGGGUCCUGUCCGACGCCCACGACCGGCUCAACGCCGGCGCGAACUACUUGAAGCGAAAGGAAGAAUACGAGAAGAACGCUCUCUCCGCGCCGUGUGAGGUAAACGACGAGACCGGCGCAUGCGAAAAGGAGGUGUGCAUCAGGUCCGCGGCCAAUUUGCCGGGGCGUGUUGAUUCAUGGCCUCGCAAGCCCGCCCCCGAGUCCUGGGUCAAGCUGGAGGCCGGAGGAAGGCUCGUGUGCAAGACCGGCAAGCACGAAAACAACGAGACGCCACAGUGGGACUUUUGCUGCUACGUCCACGGCCACCACGAGCACUCCGAGUUCUUCUUCUCCGUCUUCGACGCCGACUUCUCGGGCGACGAGGGGGACUGGCUCGGCACCGCCGUGCUGCCCGGGAACGCGACGGCCGGCUCCUAUGAGCUCGCCCUCUCCGGCGGCGAGUUCGAGAUCGAUGCCGACGCGCCGCCGCCCACCCUGACCGUCAGCAUCCCUCUCUUCCCGCCGCCGCCGCCCCCGCCCCAAAACAUCGACGCCGUCAAGGUGACGGGGGGCGCGACCGACAAGCUCCUCUUCGAAGAGGCCAAGGCCGGCGCCGAGGCGCACGAGCUGCGCAAGUACUUGUGCGUCAUGUCGGCCAAGGGACUCAUCGAGUCGGACUUUUUCCCGCGGGUGGGCAAGUACCGCUACCCGGACAGCUGGGUCAGGAUCUCGACCUUCCGCGAGGAGAACAAGCGGAUGGGGCUGAGUCCGAAGUUCGUCGAGUACGCGCUCACCACGGGGACGACCUUACCAAGCAGAAGGUGUACCGCGCGACGGAGCAGUACACCGCGAUCAUGACCAAGGACAUGGAGAAGG